AUGCAAACCAUAAAAUGUGUUGUUGUUGGUGAUGGUGCCGUUGGAAAAACCUGUUUAUUAAUAUCAUACACUACGAGUAAAUUCCCUGCUGAUUACGUGCCCACAGUAUUUGACAACUAUGCAGUAACAGUGAUGAUUGGAGACGAACCUUUUACAUUAGGAUUAUUUGAUACUGCAGGACAAGAAGAUUACGAUAGAUUAAGGCCAUUGUCGUAUCCAUCAACUGAUGUGUUUUUGGUUUGUUUUUCAGUAAUUGCUCCAGCAUCAUUUGAAAAUGUUAAAGAAAAAUGGUUUCCUGAAGUACAUCAUCAUUGUCCUGGUGUUCCUUGUUUGAUUGUUGGUACCCAAACUGAUUUACGAAAUGAUGAUGUUAUAUUACAAAGAUUGCAAAGACAAAAAUUGUCACCAAUUACUCCUGAACAAGGUGAAAAGUUGGCUAAAGAGUUGAGAGCUGUGAAGUAUGUUGAAUGUUCAGCUUUGACGCAAAGAGGCUUAAAGACUGUAUUUGAUGAAGCUAUUGUAGCUGCUUUGGAACCACCAGUUAUAAAGAAGUCGAAAAAGUGUGUUGUUUUGUAA